AUGUGUUCUCCUAUGAAAGCUCAGAUUUGGACUGGUGUGAGGCGAACUACAGGCACUCUGAAGUACACUAUGAGCAGUCUGAUCUUCUUCGUGAUCUCCCCCAUCAUGCUGUACCUGCUGCACCCCUACGCCAGGGAGAGGAACCUGGCUAUACUGGGUCUCUUCUCUGCCUACUUCCACAUGACCCUGAGCUUCAUGGGCCAGAUGCUGGAUGAGCAGUCCAUUCUGUGGGUGCUGAGGCUCUGCUACGCCCUUUGGUUCUCACUCAGGGUAUUCCCAUGCUUCCUCAACGACAGAUCUCCCUGCUACAGGAUCAUGCGGUUGUUCUCUCUGUAUGGACCAAACGGCAGGCCCACCCUGUGCUCCUUUGUCAAACCCACUGCCAACGCCUACGUCCUCAACUGCCUUGCCCUCUACAUCACCUACUCAUUGGGUCUGGAGAUGAGGAUGCACAUUCUGAUUGUGAUGGCUGUAGCCUACGCAAGCACCCUGAUAGCCUACUUGGAUGCCAACUAUGAGAUACCUUACUCCCUGCCAGGCCUUCAGUACUGGCCCAGUGACAACUGUGUCCUGGGCUUGCCUUACAUCGUCCUGAAAGGAACCAUCAAGACUCAGAAAAGAUGUUAG